AUGGCAAACAAAAACAAGAAAGCACCUUUGCCCAAAAAUAUAGCUACCAAUCAAGAAGAUGUUGAAGACGAUGACAAUGACGGUGACUUUGGAACCACCUCAUCAGCUAAUAAAUUUCAGGCCAAAUUUUCCAUGUUAAUGUCCGACGACGAUAAUGACGCCGCAGAUGAUGAUAACGACGAAGAAGUUGCACCAGUUAAGUCUGUACCAACGGUGGCAGCAAGUUCUUCGAAAAAGAAAGGAGCGAAAGCUAAAAAGCAAACAUCGAAGAAUAAGAAAGAAGAUGACGAAAUUGAUUCUCUGUUAGCACAAAUUGAAUCAACCAGUGUAUCGACGAAAAAAUCUGAUAAGAAGAAGAAUAAACAAGCUGCGACAACAGUCAAUCAAGAUGAAGAAGCUUUUAAAGAAGGCGAAGGACAAGAUCUAGAAGAUAUUCUCAAAGAAAUUGAUGAAAAAUUUGACGAAAAAGAUCGACGAAAGGAGGCGAAGAAGGAAAAGAAAAAGAACAAGAAAGAAGAGAAAGAAUCUGUGGAGACUAAACCAGCUGGUAAUGAAGUUGGCGCACAAAGCUCGACGACUGAAAAGGCAUCGGCUGUAACUAAGACUGAAGUUCAAGAAGACGAAGCUGGCGCUGCUGCUGGUGACGAGAAAAAGAGUUCAUCGAAGAACAAGAAGAAAGCAGCUGCAGAAAAGAAGGCGAAAGGUGGUGUUGACGCCAAAACGUUGAGUUUGAUGAAAGAAUUUCAACGGAAACAAGAAGAAGCGAAAUUGAAAGCACUCCAAGAUGAAGAAGCAGAGCUAAGAUUACAAGAAGAACUAGAGAAACAACGCGAAGAAAGACUACGUUUAGAAAAAGAGCGUCGUGAUAAGAAAAAACAAAAAGAAAAAGAUCGUAUUCAACGAAAGAAAGAGGAAGGUUCCUAUUUGACGAAAGAGCAACGAGAGAAGUUAGAACGUGCUCGUAUUCAAUUCGAAGCAGCUGGCAUUCAAGUACCCGCGCGAAGUGCUGAAUCGAAAUCUGCGAAUAAUGGAGAACAACCAAUAAAAAAACGUGUUCUCUACGAUGAUCGUCGAAAGAAAAAUCAAGCCAAUGCAGCUAAACAAGCAGGUACAGCUGGUUCAGCAGCUGCAGGCGCAUCAGAGUCGGUAACAUCGGACGGAGUAGAAAAGCCAUUGCCAGUUAAAGAAGAAGAUAACUUGAAAGAUGAUUGGGAACAAGAAUCAGAAGAAGAAGUAGCAGGUGAAGUUGAAGAAUCUCAAACACCAACAACUGAAACUGCUAGUAUUAAUGUUAAACAUGUGAACCCAACACCAUCAGUGACAACGACAACUACAACAUCAGCGAAGAAUGCAACCAAUGAAAGUUCAGAAUCCGAAUCAUCUGAAGACGAAUCAUCGUCGGACGAAUCCGAGGAUACCAGCUCAUCGAGUGAUGAUGACGAAACUAGUCAACUUUCGCCGUUUGAGCGCGUCAAACGUCGUUUACACAGACGUCACGAAACGUGUGAAAGUCGUCGUACUACAGAGGUUCUUCGUGCACCUGUUAUUUGCGUUUUGGGUCACGUCGAUACGGGUAAAACGAAAAUUCUGGAUAAUCUUCGUCGAACGCAUGUCCAAGAUGGUGAAGCCGGUGGUAUCACUCAACAGAUCGGUGCAACAAAUGUUCCACUCGAAACUAUUCGUGAACGAACGAAGAUGUGUCGAAAACUGGUUUCACGUGAAGGCGAUUUCAUCGUUCCAGGCCUUCUGAUCAUUGAUACACCGGGGCACGAGUCUUUCAAAAACUUACGAUCACGUGGUUCAUCACUUUGCGAUCUGGCCAUUCUCGUUGUUGACUUAAUGCACGGUAUAGAACCACAAACACUCGAAUCUAUUCAAUUAUUAAUCGAAAGAAAGACGCCAUUCAUCGUCGCACUGAACAAGAUCGAUCGAUUGUAUAAUUGGAAAGGUGAUAGUAAGAGAAAUGUGGAACUUGUUCUCGAAGAACAAAGUCCAAAUACGCGCAACGAAUUUGAAAAGCGCUGCAAUGAUGUCAUUGUUCAAUUUGCCGAACAAGGUCUGAAUGUUGCACUUUAUUAUAAAAAUCCUGAUCCAAACGAAUUUUAUUCCAUGGUACCAACAUCAGCACAUACCGGUGAUGGCAUGGGUUCAUUAAUCGCCAUGAUUAUUGAAAGAUGUCAAACUACGCUUGCUAAACGUUUGUCAUAUACUGAUGAAUUGCAAGCCACAGUCAUGGAGGUGAAAGCAAUUGGUGGUCUUGGUACAACGAUUGAUGUUGUUCUUGUGAAUGGACAUUUACAUGUUGGUGAUACAAUUAUUGUUGCAGGCCAAGAAGGACCGAUUGUAACACAAGUUCGUGGCCUUCUUAUGCCUGAACCGAAUCGAGAACUUCGUGUUCGCAACCAAUAUCAAAACUAUAAAUCAGUCAAAGCUGCCCGUGGUAUUAAGAUUGCAGCUAAAGAUCUCGAAAAAGCCAUGGCUGGCCUUCCAUUGUUCGUCGGUCGAAAAGACGAUGAAGUUGAUUAUUUCAGAAAUGAAAUUCAAAAUAUUCUCAAGACUGCACUUAGCUCAAUCAAACUAAAAGAAAACGGUGUCUACGUUCAAGCAUCAACUCUGGGCUCACUAGAAGCCUUACUUGAGUUUCUGAAAACAUCCAAUAUACCAUACGCUGGCAUUAACAUCGGGCCUGUUCACCGAAAAGAUAUUAUUCGUGCGUCAACUCAAUUGGAACGAGAUGCACAAUGGGCAGUUGUACUGGCGUUUGAUGUGAGAAUCGAGAGAGAUGCUCAGGACCAUGCAGAUAACGUUGGUGUGAAAAUCUUCCAAGCUGAUAUCAUCUAUCAUCUCUUCGACAUGUUUAUUGCUCAUCGUGAACGCGUUAAAAAAGAAAAUCAAGAAAAAUUUCGACAUCUUGCCGUGUUUCCGUGCAAAUUAAAAGUUCUACCGCAAUUCGUAUUCAAUUCGCGUGAUCCAAUCAUCUGUGGUGUAGUCGUGGAAGAUGGUUUUGUCAAGCUGGGUACACCGAUCUGUGUUCCGUCAAAAGAAUUCAUUGAUCUUGGCCGAAUUGUAAGUAUCGAAUUGAAUCAUAAACCAAUGGAAAUUGCAAGAAAAGGUGCGGAAGUUUGUAUCAAAAUUGAUCCGGUCAGUGGUGAAGCACCGAAAAUGUUCGGCCGACAUUUUGACGAAAGUGAUAUCUUGAUGAGCAAAGUAUCCCGAGAAACGAUUGAUGUUGUCAAAGAUCAUUUUCGUGAUGAUAUGCAAAAGUCCGACUGGCAAUUGAUGGUCGAUUUGAAAAAGAUAUUUAACAUUCUUUAA